CGACGAAGCAUAGUUGUUGAGCCGUUGCUAAGGAGAUCCUACAGCAACUUUCCUGAAUGACGUGAUGUAAACACAGCAUCAUGUCCGAGACUACAAUUCUUAAAAUUGUAUAUAUUUUUCCAAAUGGAGACCAAUAUGAUGGCGAAUGUUGUCGUACUUCAGAUGGUGUGCUGCUGAGGAAAGGGUCAGGCACACACACAUCAGCCUCUGGAAUUAUGUACACUGGAGAAUGGGACAAUGAUAAGAUGAAUGGCAGAGGAACUCUAACGCACCCUUCAGGGGCAUUUUACAGCGGCCUGUUCCGAGACAACAUGUAUCAUGGCAAAGGAACUUAUCGAUUUCCUGAUGGGACAGAAUACACAGGAACUUUUAACAACAACAGAUUUGAAGGUGAAGGGGAGUUCACAGAUUCACAAGGACUUGUGUGGAGGGGGAUGUUCCAUAACAAAGCCGCACUGGGACUGAAGCUCAAAGUCAACGUGUGACUUGCACACAAACACACACCAUUUAAAUGUAUACGGAAAAAC